AUGGUGUGUGACUUUCGUAUUAAAGGGUGCUGUCUUCGUCAACCACCACCGUCCGGUGGAGUUUUUCGGCAAACCACAUACCAGCGUGCUCGUCUUGGAAGCGCGAUCCCAACCGCACCGGCUGCACCUCCAUCGGAGCCCUCACGCGCCCACACGCGCGCGUGCAAGCUCUGGUCAUCCUCUCCCCAAGGCGGCGCGUGGGACCUCCUCUCCGGCCGCAGCUGGUGGCGUUCUCCUCGUCUCCCUGUGACGGUUCUGGAUCUGGUCCUGAAUUAUACAUCUCAUCUCACCACUAAGGCUGAAUCUGCGGCGGAAAAGGAGCGCACACGGUGGAAAAUGAUUGAUGCUCAGCUGUAUAGCCUCAUUAAAGCUACUCUUCAUCCGUUUAUUAAGCAGAUUUUUCGACCUGCUGUUACUUGCAUUUGGAGUCAGGCAAAGGCACUUUACACCAGUGAUACCCAGAGACUCUAUGGUGUAUGUCAAAAAUUGAUGACUACAUAUGCUCCUCGGGACUUCAAUUGUCCUAUGGCUAGAUAUUUGGGGAAAGUUCAGAGUCUACUUCAUGAUCUUAAUGAGCUUCUACCUCUCAAUGGUGAUGUUAAUAAGGAACAGGAACAGCGUAAUACACUGUUUAUGUUGUUCAUUUUAUAUGGUUUGCCUGAUCAUUUGUCUGCCAAUCGAUAUCAAAUUGUGGGAUCUGCUACAGUUCCUACACUGGAUUCUGUGAUGUCUACCUUGCUUCGAAUUCACUCUAAGCCUUCUCCGUCAUCAGCACCUCCUAUGAUGCAUAUACCCCCAGCGGAUUCUGUUGACUCUUCCGCUUUUGCUGAUCAAGGAUAUGGUCACGGACGUCGAGAAGAUUCUGUUGACCCUUCAGCUUUUGUUGUUCAAGGGUAUGGUCGUGGACGUCGAUUCUCUAAAGGAAAGCUAUUAUGCACUCAUUGUCAUCAGACCAAUCAUACUGUUGACCGCUGUUGGAAGCUUCAUGGCAGGCCACCUCCACCUUCUCGGAAUGCUCAUAUUGCUCAGGCUUUCUCUAGUACCUGUGCUCCAGAGUUACCUUCCAGUGCACAACCUCCAGCUGCUCUUCUGAAUGAAUUUGUGAUUUGGUGGUCUGAAAAGCAAACAUCAGGUCCUACUGCAUCCAUUGCUCCCUCUGGUGACCUUCUUUACCUUCCGUCUUUACCUGUCCAUGUUUCUGACUAUCCUUCUAUCACCUCUUCUGUUGAUGAGAUCGAGCAUAGUUCGUCAAAUGUCUCUGUGGACUCACAUUCAACUGCAUCUCCCACCACGACGUCGGUCCCACCUUCAAAUAGUGACCUUCCCAUUGCUCUUCGUAAGGCACAAAAACGUGUAACCAAACACAGCCUACUUGUACGCAUGAUGAUGCACCUUCGACUUACAUUGUUCCUAUGUUUUCUAUUACAUCAUUUUCAUGGCAUCACAUGCAACAAUGAGACAGAUAGAGAUGCCCUUCUUUCUUUCAAAUUCCAAGUAACAGACCCAAAUAAUGCUCUAUCUAGGUGGUAUGCAGAUUCCAAUCACUGUACAUGGAAUGGUAUCACCUGCUCCAAAGUUGGAACAAGAGUCCAAUCUGUCACCCUACCAGGACGUGGCCUCUCUGGUAAACUACCCUCUCAGCUUUCCAAUCUCACUUACCUACAUUCCCUUGACCUUUCCAACAACAAAUUUCAUGGUCAAAUUCCCCAAGAGUUUGAGCAUCUCUCAUUUCUUAAUGUGAUUAACUUUGCUUACAACAAUCUCAGUGGUACACUUCCACAACAAUUGGGCCAUCUUCACCGUCUUAAAAGUUUAGACUUGUCUGUCAAUAAUCUCACAGGUAAAGUCCCUCCAGAAUUUGGCAAUCUCUUGUCUCUUGAGUAUCUUGCCUUGGCAAGGAACAUGUUAGAGGGUGAGGUUCCAAGUGAACUGGGUAAUCUCCACAAUCUUUCCAAACUUCAACUCUCAGAGAACAAUUUCACUGGCGAGUUUCCCACUUCUAUCUUCAAACUCUCAUCUUUAGUCUUCUUAUCCGUGACAAAGAACAAUCUAUCAGGCAAGUUACCACAAAAUUUGGGGCAUGCCCUUCCAAAUCUAAGGACUCUUACCCUGGCUGUCAAUAGGUUUGAAGGGGUGAUUCCUAAUUCCAUAUCCAAUGCCUCACAUCUUGAAAACAUUGAUCUUCGGUACAAUAAUUUUCAUGGGCCCAUGCCUCUGUUCAACAACUUGAAAAAUCUGACCCAACUAACUCUUGGUAAUAAUUCUCUCUCUUCCACGACGUCAUUGAAUGUUGAGUUCUUUGAUUCCCUUAGAAACUCCACUCAGUUGCAAAUUCUCAUGAUCAAUGAUAAUCAUUUGGCUGGGGAGCUUCCAAGUUCUGUUGCGAAUCUGUCUAGCAAUCUUCAACAUUUCUGUGUUUCUAAUAAUUGGCUUACUGGCAGAAUUCCUCAGGGAAUGAAGAAAUUUCAAAAUCUCAUUUCCUUGUCUUUUGAAAAUAAUUAUUUCAGUGGAGAGUUACCAUCAGAUAUUGGAGCUCUAAAUAAGCUGGGGCAGCUUGUGAUAUACGGAAAUAGAUUGUCUGGGGAAAUUCCAGACAUUUUUGGCAAUUUUACAAAUCUGUUUAGUCUUGGAAUGCACAAAAACCAGUUCUCAGGUAGAAUACACUCGAGUAUUGGACAAUGCAAAAGAUUGAGUUUUCUUUACCUCGGGAUGAAUAGGCUUGUUGGGACCAUACCAAUGGAGAUUUUUCAGCUUUCUGGCUUAAGAGGCUUGUCCUUAACAGGAAACUCUCUGCAUGGUUCACUUCCUCCGGAGAUCAACUCCAUGAAGCAGCUUGAGACCAUGGAUAUUUCCAACAACCAGUUCUCAGGGUACAUUCCUAAGGAAAUAGAUGGCUGUUCUAGCUUGAUUUCACUUGUGAUGGCAAGAAACAAAUUCAGCGGCUCAAUCCCAAGUAGUCUAGGGAACUUAACAUCCCUUGAGACUUUGGAUCUAUCAUCAAACAAUCUCACUGGCCCUAUUCCUCAAAGUUUAGAAAAGCUCAGUUAUAUGGUGAGAUUAAAUUUGUCUUUCAACCAUUUGGAAGGAGAGGUUCCUAUGAAAGGUGUUUUUAUGAACCUUAGCCAGGUUGAUCUCCGAGGUAACAACAAACUCUGUGGCCUUAACAAGGAAUUUGUGCAAACGUUGGGAGUGUUACUCUGUGUUGCAGGUAAAAAGAAGAGAAAUGUUUUACUUCCAAUCAUACUUGCAGUUACAGGUGCUAUUGCUUUGUUCAUUUCAAUGCUGUGUCUACUGUGGAUAAUAAUGUCACGGAAGAAGAAAAGAAAGGAGAGGAAAACCAGUUUGUCAUGUGCUCCUCCGAGGGGGUUGCCUCAUUAUAUAUCGUAUUGUGAUAUUCGGAUUGCUACAAACGAUUUUGCAGCUGAAAACUUGAUUGGAAAAGGAGGCUUUGGCUCUGUUUAUAAGGGUGUGUUCUCCCUCAACACUGGUGAAACCACCACCCUUGCUAUCAAAGUCCUGGACCUUCAACAAAGCAAAGCUUCUCAGAGUUUUAAUGCAGAAUGUGAAGCUUUAAAAAAUGUUAGGCAUCGGAACCUAGUCAAGGUUAUCACUUCCUGCUCCAGUGUAGAUUAUAAUGGACACGACUUCAAGGCCCUUGUUAUGCAAUUCAUGCCCAACGGCAAUUUGGACAUGAGUUUAUACCCAGAAGAUGUUGAGUCAGGAUCCUCUCUAACCUUGUUGCAAAGAUUAAACAUUGCCAUUGAUGUUGCUUCUGCCAUGGACUACUUGCACCAUGAUUGUGACCCACCAGUAGUACAUUGUGAUCUGAAACCUGCCAAUGUCCUACUAGAUGAAAAUAUGGUUGCACAUGUUGGAGAUUUUGGAUUGGCGAGGUUCCUUUCUCAAAAUCCAUCAGAGCAACAAAGCAGCACUAUGGGAAUGAAGGGAUCAAUUGGUUAUAUUGCUCCAGAAUAUGGUCUAGGAGGCAAGGCUUCAACUUGUGGCGAUGUCUACAGUUUUGGGAUUUUACUGCUAGAGAUAUUCAUAGCCAAAAAACCAACUGAUGAAAUGUUCAAAGAAGGAUUAAGCCUGAACAAAUUUGUCUCGGACAUGGAUGAGAAUCAAGUGCUGAAGGUUACUGAUCCGAGGCUUAUUAAUGAUUAUGAAAAUUCUACACAAAGCUCAAGCAGUGAUUAUCAUAACGGUGUCACUGGGAGCAACAGCUGUAAUAAUGGUAACACAAAUUGGACGCGCAAAGCUGAGGAGUGCAUAGCUGCUGUGAUAAGAGUUGGCUUGUCUUGUACUGCUCAUCAGCCCAAAGAUCGUUGCACUAUGAGAGAGGUCUCAACAAAAUUACAAGCAAUUAGGCAUUCUUUGCUGGGCUUCUAAAGUCAUUCUCAUGCCCACUUUCUAUUUUAAGAACCAUAUGUAGUAAAUAAGUUAUAGGAUAUAUAAAUAAGUUCAAAUCCCAUAAUAUUCUGU